AUGGCGCUAACUUGCCCUGAAAGAAGCUCGGUCAUGGCUUCAUUGGACAUCACUUACAUGCGCUUCUACCCAGAAGGAGUCAAGUUCUCUCACACCAUUUUUCGCAAGCGAUCUCAUAGUGGGAAUUUAGGGGAAUCGGUUUAUCCUAAGUUUACCAAAGAAUCUCUCUGUCCUGAUAUGUGUCUUACAGAGUACCUAAAACGAACAAAAGAAUGGAGACAAAAGAACGACGACAAACCACGUCUUUUUCCAUCUUUCAAAAAGCCUCACAAACCUGUUUCCUUAUCAACGCUUUCACCUUGGGAUUAA